AGCAUAGACUUAUGAACUGCCAUUUUUUGUCGUACCCGGUCAUCAUAUAAAAACCAAGAUACUCUGCCAUAGCUCCUAUAUGCCUCUAGAAUAAUAUCCAAAUGUUUAAAUAAUCCAGGACCUAAAUUGGGAGACUUUUCAGAUAAUAUAUUAGAAAAUAUACAAAAAGCCUGCAGCCAGUUUGUGAAUGUCCUGGCAACUGGUCGGCAUCUUUCUUCCUCACUAUCACCUUUUUGCUCUGAUUUUAAAAAUUCUUUGGCUGAAGGUAAAAGCAAAAGCAUGUCUAUAUAAUCACCCUUCAAAAUGUUUUCCUUUACUGUGCUAGAUAAAUGAAGGCCUAGCGGAGUAGCUUGGCAUACAAAAAUAUUGUUGGGGCUGUGGAUCCUGCGGCAUCCCGCCCUGAGCUGGGAGGGAAGAAGGAACAGAGGCUGCCCUAGCCACCAUAGGGUGGCUAGAAAAGUUUGGCAUCGCUAUAGUAGUGAGCCCAGCUCUUUGAGCCCCAGAGGCACUUGCAUCAGCGCUCUGGAGCUCAAUGGCAGCCUCCGUCACCGACCUCUGCCAGCGCGAACCUCUGCGGUGGUGAAGAUGCCGGCCAUCUGGAAAUGUUGCUUGCAGAAUCCAAUGACCUGGCUUGUCCUGCCUUCCCAGGAUCCCGCCUUCUCCUGAAGCCAUCGCAGGACGUCCUCGGCGGCGAGCGGAGGAGGUUCCGAUUAGACUGGAGUGGCAAAUCUGGAUAGCGUGUGGAUGAUGUUCCUCCUUCAACGAUCUUCGCCGACUAACAGCUGCCACACGAGACCUUCAAUCAAGCCAGGGACUACGCGGACUGCAUUUUUACCUCAGGGAUUAGGAUUGCCAAAAUAACCAUGUUAGAUGAAGAAGAUGAGGGGUGCUGGGCCAAACUGGAGCACUACCGAGUCAAGCUCAUCUCGGUAAUAGACCCCAACCGGAUCACCCCUUACCUUCGCCAGUGCCGGGUGUUGAACAGCGACGAUGAAGAGCAGGUCUUCAAUGACCCAAAUCUUGUCAUCCGCAAAAGGAGAGUAGGUGUGUUGCUUGAUAUUUUACAGAGGACUGGGUGCAAAGGUUAUGUGGCGUUCUUGGAAAGCCUUGAGCUUUAUUACCCGCACCUGUACAAGAAAAUAACUGGGAGCGAGCCAGCCCGUGUCUUCUCCAUGAUCAUAGACACUGCAGGUGAAUCCAGCCUGACCCAACUCCUCAUGAACGAGAUGCUGAAGCUCCAGCAGGUCAUCCAGGAAGAAAGGCAAAAAUACAAGGACCUGAACAAGGAACUGCUGGAGAAGGAAGACAUCAUCCGGCAGACACAAGUGAAGGAUAACGAGCUGAAGAAGUACCAGGAGAGGGUCAGAAAGAUGAAGGAGGCGACAGACAACCUGAACGUAGAACUAAAGAAGUUCAAAGAUGAGAAUUAUGACCUGGCCAUGAAGUACGCACGUCAGAGUGAGGAGAAAAAUGCAGCAUUGAUGAGAAACAGAGAUCUGCAGCUAGAGAUAGACUGUUUAAAGCACAACCUGAUGAAGGCCGAGGAUAACUGUAAGCUGGAGAGAAAGCAAACCAGGAAGCUGAAGAAUGCCAUUGAGAAGAGGCCCAGCCAGGAAGUUAUCCUUGAACUCCAGAGAGAAAAUGAUCUCUUAAAGGCCAAGAUUCGAGAACUGCAUAACCCCGUGCAGAGUAUGCCAAGGGGAGAGGCAUCUGAGAAGACCAGGAUGUACAUCCAAGUGCUGGAAGAUGACCGCAGACAAGCCUUGGAACAACACCAAGAUCUGGUCAACUCGAUGUACACCUUGAAAAUGUCCCUCCGACUGGCCGAGGACCUCCGAGACAAAUACAAGGAGGAGAAGGAGCUCUUGGAACUUCAGUGCACUACUUUCAAGAAAGAUUCAAAGCUGUAUAAGGAACGGAUUGAAGCCAUAUUGCAGCAGAUGGAGGAAGUGUGCGAAGAGCGGGAUCAGGCCAUGGCAACCAGGGAACAGUUCCACACACAGUAUUCCAAGAGCCUCAUCAGCACGGAUUCUUAUCGGAAGCAGUUGCGGGAAAUGGGGGAGAAGUGCGAUGACCUUCAGAUUCAGCUGUUUAGGAUGGAAAGGGAAUUGUUGGCCUUGAAGACGGAGCUGAAAAAGAUCAAGUCUCCAGCGCUGACAUCUGAUUUUGAAGAGCUUUCUCCCCAGGAGAUCUGCAAUUCCCCAGACAACAAGUGCCCAGAGACUGUUCAACAGGAACAGGGGUGCCAGAAGGAUAACCCAAAUUCCAAGGACGCCAUGGAGCCAUCACAGUCACCGAAUAGCAGCCCAGUAAAUGGAUCCGGUAUUAGAAGGAGAGUAAAUAACAGCUUUGAAGACAAGCGAAGGAUGAGGGUGCUCCGAACGCACAGGAACUCGAACACAGAAGAGUAUUACACUACAGAAAGUGAAGCUGAGAGGACCCCUUAGGAGACAGGCUAUGUUAUUUAUAUUUGGAUUUAAAGACCUGGAUGGAAAGAGAGACUGGAGCAUGAAGUCCUUAUGGGGAGCCCCAUCCCCCCGUGCUGUAGAUGGGGUCCCUGAAACCAGCCUUAAUGACACCAAGACCCCCCUUCCUGUGCAGUGUAUUCUGUUUACAUUCCCAACUGCCCACAGUGGCAUAGACCAGUGCUGUCCAAUUUAUAUGGUACAUAGGGCCAGAUUAUAUCUAAUCUACAUGGUGGAGGGCCCAUAACGGAAGCCAGUGUUAGCCACUCCCUCUUUUUAGACCACACCCACUUUAAAACCACACCCAUGUUACAGCAAGACCAUGUCC